CGUGUGUUCAGAACCAGAAUUUCGUUACUGGUCAAUGUGUGCGAAGAGAAUAUUUUUCGAUGUUCAGGCGAGUUGACGGCACACUGCGUGGGUCCUCAUAAAGUGGCUUACUGCGAAUUGUACGAUCACGGCGACGCUACCUUCACGUUAAACGUUAAACCGCAAGAGGCUGGACGACAUGCUUUAACGAUCAAGUAUGCGGGAGAGCAUGUUCCGGGUUCGCCAUUUACGUUACGCGUUUCCGGUGCUCCGGACGCUUCGAAGGUACGAGUGUACGGACCAGGAAUCGAGCAUGGAGUACUAGCGACAUUCCAAUCGCGUUUCAUUUGCGACACUCGAGGCGCCGGUGCUGGUCAACUGACAGUACGAGUCCGUGGACCCAAAGGGGCGUUCAGAGUAGAAAUGCAGAGAGAAACUCAAAAGGAUCGUAUAAUUCUUUGUCGGUACGAUCCGACGGAACCAGGCGACUAUAGAGUCGAAGUUCGUUGGGCAGGCGUUUUGGUUCCGGGUUCCCCGUUCCCGGUUAAGAUCGUUGAUACGCAAGACGAGCUAUUGAUGCUAACACAGGGUGGAGACAACUAUUCAACGGGACAUCACACGAUCGCGUCGUGGCGUGGAUCGCAAGCUAUGUUGUAAGGAAAUAGCAUAUCAAGUUGUUAUUAUUUUUUACGAACUAAUAAUAUAUUUUGAUAAUAUAUAAUUAUAUUAUAACUUAUCUAAAAAUGUUUGCAAUAAAACCGAUAUUUUGACAAGUCUCGUUACUCCGAUAACGAUACUUCAGUGUUUUUUUAAA